AUCGUGUAUAAGCGCACGUGACGCUGGAGUCGCAGGCGGAGUGCUGCAUCAGUGAGCAGGGACUAUGGAUCUGAAGAUGCGGUUAUGUGUGGCGCUGCUCUCUCUGAGUCUGUGUCUGGGCCUCAUGAGUCAUGUGAGGGCACAGGAGGAGGCCGAUGACAUGGAGAUGGAUGUGGAAGAUGCCAUCGAUGACAUGCAAGAGGAAGAUGUUGAGGAAGAGGAAGAAAAAGCCCCCAGUCCCCCGCCUGUGCCCACGGUGACAUAUAAAGCUCCAGAGCCGAUGGGAGAGCACUACUUUGCCGAGUCAUUUGAUAAAGGAACACUUCAGGGAUGGGUUUUAUCCCAGGCCAAGAAAGAGGGCAUUGAUGAGGACAUUGCAAAGUAUGAUGGUAAGUUUCGUGUCCUAUUUCAUGUCCAAUUACUCGAGGAGUUUGUGGAUAAGACUCCGUACACCAUCAUGUUUGGGCCUGAUAAGUGUGGUGAGGAUUACAAACUGCACUUCAUCUUUAGACACAAGAACCCAAAAACCGGCGAGUUUGAGGAGAAGCAUGCUAAGAAGCCCGACGCGGACCUGCGCACAUACUACACAGACAAGAAGACCCACCUCUUCACACUGGAAUCAGGUGACCUGUAUUGCUGUGAGGAGUUUGUGGAUAAGACUCCGUACACCAUCAUGUUUGGGCCUGAUAAGUGUGGUGAGGAUUACAAACUGCACUUCAUCUUUAGACACAAGAACCCAAAAAACGGCGAGUUUGAGGAGAAGCAUGCUAAGAAGCCCGACGCGGACCUGCGCACAUACUACACAGACAAGAAGACCCACCUCUUCACACUGGUGCUGAACCCUGAUAACAGUUUUGAGAUCCUGAUUGACCAGACAGUGGUGAACAGCGGCAGUCUCUUGAAUGAUAUGACUCCCCCCAUCAACCCCCUGGCCGAGAUUGAGGAUCCCGAUGACCACAAACCUGAGGACUGGGAUGAGAGACCCAAGAUCCAGGACCCAGAUUCUGUCAAACCCGAGGACUGGGAUGAAGACGCUCCUGCUAAGAUUCCUGAUGAAGAUGCUGUGAAACCUGACGGCUGGUUGGACGAUGAGCCAGAGUACAUCGGUGACCCCGAUGCCCUUAAGCCAGAGGACUGGGAUGAGGAUAUGGACGGCGCGUGGGAAGCACCUCAGAUCCCCAAUCCCGUCUGUGAAACGGCCCCCGGGUGCGGCCCAUGGGAGAGACCAGUGAUCGACAACCCCAACUACAAGGGCAAGUGGAAGCCACCAAUGAUUGACAACCCUAAUUAUCAGGGGGUGUGGAAGCCCAGGAAGAUCCCUAACCCAGACUUCUUUGAGGACCUGCACCCGUUCCGUAUGACUCCAUUCAGCGCCGUCGGUCUGGAGCUCUGGUCCAUGUCCUCUGAUAUCUUCUUUGACAACUUCUUCGUCACCUCUGAUCGUAAUGUGGCUGAGCGAUGGGCGGCUGACGGCUGGGGUCUGAAGAAAGCAGCUGAGGGAGCCGCUGAGCCCAGUCUGGUGAAUCAGAUGAUAACAGCUGCUGAAGAGAGACCCUGGCUCUGGAUCGUCUACGUCCUGACUGUGGCUCUGCCUCUGGUGCUCAUCAUUGUCUUCUGCUGCACCGGAAAGAAGAGCUCAGCGUCCACAUCUGCUGCUGAGUACAAGAAGACAGACGCGCCACAGCCAGAUGUGAAGGAGGAAGCCGAGGAAGAGGAAGAGGAAGAGGAAGCCAAGGAAGAGGAAGAGGAAGCCAAGGAAGAGGAAGAGGAAGAGGAAGCUGAGGAAGAGGAAGCUGAGGAAGAGGAAGCUGAGGAAGAGGAAGCUGAGGAAGAGGAAGCUAAGGAAGAAGAAUCAGAAGCAAAGAAGAGUGAGGAAGAGGACUCCUCGGGAGAAGCAGAGGAGGCCGCAGGGAGCGACAACAAAGACGACGAUACAUCUAAUGAGGUAGAGAAUCUUACGCUACUAGAAAAACGUUGGAAAUGUUAUGUUUUGAGACUAAGCAAGUGUUGUUGUUUAGAUUCCAUAGCAACAGGAUUUUUAGAAGUAAAAAAAAAAGGUUCAAGUCUUUUAAUAGGCAUCUUGAUACGGUCUGAACGAAGCGGUGCGGUCCGCCACUCGACCAACAGCCAAACGAACACCUCUUCAAGCGGCCUUGAGGAUGUUGAUGGUUACCACGGUGAAGAUGGCUCUCAAAUAGCAUAG